UUAUUAAAUAUUAAUUGCAUUUCAACCCUCUGGUAGUUACUGAUAUGUCUGACAACGAAGUUGAUCACGUUUCCUCGAAAAAUUUAGAUGACAAAACAAGAUCACCAAUACAAAAUCGACUAUUGCAAUUACCGUUAGCUCGUGUAAAAACAAUUAUGAAAACAAGUCCGGAUCUUUUAAACGUUAGUCAAGAAGCAUAUUUUUUGGUCACUCGUGCCACCGAACUUUUUGUGGAAUACAUAGCAAAAGAGGUUCACAAAGUAUCGGCUGACAAGAAGAAACUUGACUAUAAGCUAUUAUCUGAAAUAGUAGCAGAUACUGAAUGCUUAGAGUUUCUUGAAGAAAUUGUACCUAAAAAGAUUAAAAUGUCCGAGUAUUGGGCGAAAAUUGGAUGCAUCCCAGAAAUUGAAGAAACUAAAAAUAAAAGCCGUAAAACUCCUCUAAAAGAAAAUACCAACUCCCCUAAAGUCCGCAAUACUACAAAAAAAGAAGAUUCUAAGUCUCCGAAAGUUCGAAAAUCUCCAAACGUUGCGGUUGAAGCUGUAAAAGAAUCCAUUGUAAUCGAUUAGUUUUGCAAGUUUAUUAAUCUUACAAACGA